UGGGGAAAUCAUUACCCUUCAAUAUAUCUGAGGAGUUUUACUCUUUGGUUUCUGGAAUAGUAUGACAAGAAAAUGGAAACAAGAACAAAACAGAGAAAUGCAUCAUAUAUUUACUUUAUUUUAAUAUAAAACUCAUUAUAUAAAUAAAUUUGUGCAAACCUUACAGAAAAAAAGAAGAAAACGUUAGACAAUUGGCAACUACAAAAUGUUUUAGCAGAAGGGGCUUGAAAGUUCAAGUGGUUUAGAGUAUUUACCCUUGCCUAAAAAAAAAUUAAAAAAAAAGGUUUUAGCAGAGUGCACGUGGAACAGCAAGCAACUAGAUGAACAAGUGAGAGUGGUAAUUGGGUUCUUAAGUUCCGAGGUAGGUAGAACCAAAACGUGUAGAUAGCUACUGUAUUCUUGCUCCGUGCAUUAAGUAUAAGUUAGCUUAUUGAUAUUUGUUGUGGUCAGAUAAGCUGGGUGAGAGGAGAGCAGGAGAUCAAUGAAAAGCCAACAGCACAAGGAGAAGAAGAUGAAGAUACUUUGCCUCCAUGGAUUUAGAACCAGUGGGAGCUUUCUGCAAAAGCAAAUUAGCAAAUGGGAUGCUUCUAUCUUCUCUCAGUUUGACUUGGAUUUUCCAGAUGGUAUAUUUCCUGCUGGAGGAAAAUCCGAUAUAGAAGGCAUCUUCCCACCACCUUACUACGAGUGGUUUCAAUUUGACAAUGACUACACAGAGUACACAAACUUGGAAGAAUGCAUCACUUAUUUAUGUGACUACAUAACAAGCAAAGGUCCUUUUGAUGGUUUGCUUGGUUUUUCUCAGGGUGCAACACUAUCAGGACUCUUGUUGGGCUACCAAGCUCAGGGAAAGCUGUUGAAGGAGCAUCCACCUUUCAAGUUUUUUAUAUCUAUAUCAGGAGCAAAAUUCAGAGAUCCAAAAAUACGUGACAUUGCAUACAAAGACACUAUCAAGGCCAAAUCUGUCCACUUCAUAGGAGCUAAAGAUUGGUUGAAACUACCUUCUGAGGAUCUUGCUGCCGAAUUCGACAACCCGCUCAUCAUCAGGCACCCACAGGGGCAUAUGAUCCCAAGGCUAGCUAUCAUCCAAUGCAAUGGUACUAUUUCAGAUGGUAAGCAUGAACUGGAGAACGGAGAUGCCAACGAAAAACAUGGCACAGAUCUCAUUCAACGCGAUAACGCUAAGUUAGACAGUAAGCAUGAACUGGAGAAUGUAGAAGCCAAACAAAAACACAAUGCCACAGAUCUCAUUCAAUGCGAUAACGCUAAGUUAGAUGGCAAGCAUGAACUGGAGAAUGGAGAAGCGAAAGAAAACUUUGGUGCAGAUCCAGUAGUUGCAGCAAUGAAGAACCAAAGCCAAGAGACAAGAACUGCAGGUGAAAUAAAAACAAAUGAGAGGGAAGUGUAGGUUGUGGUGGCAAUCCGAGCACGAAGAAAAUAAAGAUGUUUGUUCCUUAACCCGUUCAUUUGAAUGUAUGAUCCUCAUUGACAAGUUGCCUGUGGAGGUAAUUUAUCCGUAGUCAGUAUAUUAUGUGUGUUUCUUUUUUCGAGUCACAUGGAGUUGCACCUUCUAUGGAAUGGAAAUCUGUAUUGUUAAUGUAA